AACUUUCUUGCAUAGGUUCAACGAACCCAAGUGAUCGCAUAAAUCACAACGCUCUUAUUGAUCCACGUGUCUUGAUAAGCUCAAAGGUGGGACCCAUAUUGAGGCCGCACGUUAACGAAGAUUGGGCGGCGAUGUUGGACUCUUCUGUAUCUCUGUGUCUAUAUAAUACAUGCGCAGACACAAGUAGCAGAGGUUCAAAAGUUCAACAAAAUAUCAAGAAAUUGAAGAUAUUUUAUUUAUCGUUAAAAAAAGAUAAAUAAAAGAAUGGGUAUUCAAGAACUUGACCCGUUAGCCCAGCUAAGCUUACCACCGGGCUUCCGGUUUUACCCGACCGACGAAGAGUUGAUGGUUGAUUAUCUGUGCAGAAAAGCCGCCGGUCACGACUUCUCUCUCCAGCUCAUCGCCGAGAUUGAUCUCUACAAAUUCGACGCGUGGGUUUUACCAAGUAAGGCGUUAUUCGGAGAAAAAGAAUGGUAUUUCUUCAGCCCAAGGGACAGGAAGUAUCCGAACGGGUCCAGACCCAACCGGGUUGCUGGAUCCGGUUAUUGGAAAGCAACCGGUACCGAUAAGGUUAUCUCGACCGAGGGAAGAAGAGUUGGUAUAAAGAAAGCUUUGGUGUUUUACGUUGGAAAAGCACCAAAAGGUACCAAAACUAAUUGGAUCAUGCAUGAGUACCGUCUCAUCGAACCCUCUCGCAGAAAUGGAAGCACCAAGCUUGAUGAUUGGGUCCUUUGUCGAAUAUACAAGAAGCAAUCAAGCGCGCAAAAACAAGCUUACGGUAAUCUAAUGACAAGUGCAAGUGAAUACAGCAACAAUGGUUCGUCCACGUCAACUUCAUCUCACCAAUACGACGACGUUCUUGAGUCCUUGCAUGAAAUAGACAACAGAAGUUUGGGUUAUGCUGCCGGUUCAUCACACACGAUUCCUCAUUAUAAUCGUAGACCGGGUUUAACCGAACAGAAAACCGGGUUUCUUGAUUUAGCAAGGGAACAGAGUUAUAAUUGGACGAAUUUUGGUGGACACAACUCGGUCCAGGAGCUAGGACGGAAUCUUAACGUUCCAAGUCUCCGUUACGGCGACGGUGGUGGCUAUUUACACGGUUUGAAGACAAACGAAGAAGACGAUAAGACGCAGCAACAACAAGCUGAGGGGAUUCCUCAGUUUAAUAACUCGGGCGUGUUGGCUCAUGAUCAAAGUUUCAGUGUUGACCCGGUUAACGGGUUCGGGUACUCGGGUCAACAACCUAGUGGUUUCGGGUUUAUGUGAUUGUGUGUAAUGGUAACGUAAUCACAAAAAGAAAAAUUAUUAUAUUAUUUUUGUGCGAAUCAGACUAAUUAGUUAAUAGUGUGUAAUUGGAAUUCUUGGGGGUUAGCUUAGGUUCCACUUGUAUAUUCGUCUUCAUUUGUCCUCAAAAAUACAGUUUUGCAAACUUGUUACCUUGAUUCUCAUCAUUUGUAUUAAUUAAUUGAUAUUUUUAUAUAAAAAAUUAGGAUA